AUGAAUGGGUUUUCAGCGCAAGGGCUAGAUGAAGAUGCAUUCGGGGAAAAGUCCGUUUCGCAGGGCAGCUUGAAAACAUUCGAUGCCUUUCCUAAAACUAAGCCUUCGUAUACAACCCCCUCCCGCCGCGGCGGACAAUGGACAGUCCUAAUCCUGGCCAUCUGCACCAUCUUCUGCCUCACAGAAUUCCGCGCAUGGCUUCAGGGCACCGAGAAUCAUCAAUUCAGUGUCGAAAAAGGCGUCUCUCAUGAUCUACAGCUCAACCUUGACAUUGUCGUCAACAUGGCCUGCCAAUCACUACACGUCAACAUCCAGGAUGCAGCAGGGGACCAUAUUCUCGCUGGUGAACUCCUAAAGAAGGAAGAAACGAGCUGGAAGCUGUGGAUGGAUAAGCGCAACCACGGCUCCGGUGGCCCUAAUGCAUAUCAAACCCUCAGCCAUGAGGACACGUACCGCUUGUCUGAGCAGGAGGAAGACACACAUGUGCACCACGUGCUUGGUGAGGUGCGCCGCAAUCCCAGCAAGAAGUUUCCCAAGGGCCCCAAGCUGCGCAGAAGUGAUUCGGUCGAUGCGUGUCGUAUCUAUGGUAGCCUGGAGGGAAAUAAGGUCCAAGGGGACUUCCAUAUCACUGCGAGGGGACAUGGAUAUCGAGAUUUUGCUCCGCACUUGGAUCAUGCCUCUUUCAAUUUCUCCCAUAUGAUUACCGAGCUCUCCUUCGGUCCUCACUAUCCAACCCUCCUCAAUCCACUCGACAAAACCAUCGCCGCCACUGAAUCUCACUACUAUAAAUUCCAGUACUUUCUCUCCGUUGUCCCUACCAUCUACUCCAAGGGCUCUCGCAGCCUGGAUAUCUUCUCCAGUUCUCCUCCCUCGCAGAAGGAACACCGUAGCAACAAGAAUCUGGUCUUCACCAACCAAUACGCAGCCACUAGCCAGUCCGAUGCACUGCCCGAGAGCCCGUUCUUGGUCCCCGGCAUCUUCUUCAAAUACAACAUUGAGCCGGUGCUGCUUAUGAUCAGUGAAGAACGGACAAGCUUCUUAUCUCUCCUUAUCCGGCUCGUGAAUACCAUUUCCGGUGUGAUUGUUACGGGGGGCUGGUUGUAUCAGAUUUCCUCAUGGGCAAGUGAACUGCUAACCCGACGGCGAUCAAGAAAGUCCGAGGGUGUGCUGAAUGGAAGACAUUACGCGGAAGAGUGA